AUGGUGAAGAUAGAAGUCCGCAUCAUCUCGAAAGAACUCAUCAAACCAUCUUCCCCAACAAUUCAGCAAAAGAAACCCUUCAAACUCUCCCUUUUUGAUCAGCUUACUCCCCCAACUUAUACCACAGCUGUCUUCUUCUACCCCGCGAACGAUGCCAAUUCCAACAAUGCCACCAGAAUUGAUCACUUAAAGAAAUCUCUCUCAAAGACACUUAAUCUCUACUACCCAUUAUCUGGAAGGGUGGAAGAUAAUCUCUUCAUUGAUUGUUUCAGUGAAGGUGUUCCCUUGCUUGAAGCCCAAGUUAAUUGUCGCUUGUCCGAUUUCCUUAAACACCACGAAGUUGAGUCACUGAACCAUUUUCUUCCAUGCCAGCCCUUUACAACGGAAGAAAUGACUGCGCCUCUAUUAGCAUUUCAGGUGAGCAUAUUUGCCUGUGGAGGAAUAGCACUAGGCUGGGGUGUUUUACACAAGCUUGUUGAUGGGGGAACGAUGAAGGCUUUCAUUUCCACUUGGACAUCUGUAUCUCGAGGAGAUCAUACUGAGGUUAUACAGCCCGAUUUCACAGAGGCAUCAAUCUUCUUUCCACCCAGAAAUUCACAUCCACAAAAUAAUUUAUCUCUAAUGGAAAGCGUUUGGUUUACAGAAGCUAACUACAUUACAAGAAGAUUUGCCUUUUGCAGCGAUGCAAUAGCCAUGUUAAGGGAUAAGGCUAAAUUUGGAAAACCUGAUACUAGGCCAUCAAGAGUUGAAACAUUGUCAUGCUUCAUUUGGAAAUGUGUUAUGGCUGCUUCAAAGGCACUAUCAGGUUCACCAAAGCCAUGCAUUUUGGUUGAAGCAGUGAAUCUCCGGCCGCGAACAAAGCCGCCCAUGUCCGAUGGUUCUAUUGGAAAUAUCUUUUGGUGGGCAACUGCUGUCGCGAACCCCACAGACACAAACACAGAACUGCACGAAUUGGUAAACAUGUUGAAUGAAGCCACUGCACUGUACGAUAGUGAUUACACACAGACUCUACAAGGAGAAGAAGGGUUUGAAACAAUGUCUGAAUACUUCAGCCAGCUAGAAGGGUUAUUUUCUCUUGAAAAGCCAGAUAUAUUUGCAUUCACUUCUUGGUGUCAUCUUGGUUUCACUAAGGCAAACUUUGGAUGGGGAGAGCCCUUCUGGGUUGGUCUGAUGGGAAAAGUUGGCCCUGCUUUCAGAAAUCUCACUGUACUUAUUGAAACCAAAGAUGGUAAAGGGAUAGAGGCAUGGAUCACCUUAGAUGAGGAACGAAUGACUAUAUUGGAACGAGAUCCUGAAUUCCUGGCAUUUGCUUCUCCAAAUCCUAAGUUUUCAAGCCUGUGA